AAAUCGACAAACGCCGAUUGGAUUGCCAACUUGUGCUCGUUCCUCGUUGUUCGUUGUGCUCUCCUUGUUCAGCAUUCUGUUACUCCUGUUACUGCCGUUUUUUGUUGAAAUUGUGAUUUUGUUACACAAAAAAUUAUUUUAAAUCGUUAUGUCUGAGGAAGGAGCACCCAAUUUACAAAAAUUAAGAGGCUUUAGAUAUCAGAAGAAACCACAACUUUCACGUAAUCUAGAUGAUAGUCAACUUGAUACUUCGCCGAAAGUUUCCUCUGAAUCUGGAGAUGGUAUGGUCAGAAAGAGGAUAAUUUCGCCUCAAGUUGAUUCUGACUCAGAACUUGAAACACAAGGCACACCACGUCCUGUCGUGAUUACAACUAACAGUACCUUGAAUAAUAAAUAUAAUAAUGCAAGGUGCUCUAAGAACCCUUCAAUUCUAGAAAAAGAGAAGCAAAUGAAAUUCCUUCUUGAAAUUUUCCCAAACCUUGAAGCUAUGAAAAUCCACGAUUGUUUGUCCAAGCACAGCUUUAAUACUGAUGCUGCAGCUGCAGAACUGUCUAAAACAUACAACAAGCCACCUCCGCAAAGUGGUUUCCAACAGUAUAAUCAGUGGAGACAAGACUAUGAACAACGUCAGGCAGAGACCAAGCAAUCUCAAAUAGCUAUGAAUGUACUGAAUGAACAAAAGCAGAGUUUUAAAAGACAAAGCAGCAAUGAUGAACCACAAGUAAAAAAAAGAAGAGUAAAAAGAAGGAGAGCUUCAUGUGACAGUGAUGACAGUACUGGUAGUGCAGGUUAUAAAGACAAACGAGUAUUUGACAGUGACGAAGAUUCUGAUGUAGAAAUAAGUGAUGAAUUGACAGGCGAUAAAAAGAGAGUAUUAGAGUUUUUCCAAUCAGCUACAGUUAAUGAAUUGCAGUUGAUGAACAGCUGUUCAAAGAAAAAGGGUGAAGCCAUUAUAGAAGCACGUCCUUUCACUGGAUGGGUUGACCUGGUACAAAAGCUCCAAACAAAUAAGAAUCUAAGCCCAGAUCUGUUGAAUGCAGCACAACAAGUGUUGCUGACUAGAAAUAAUAUAAAGCAUUUAAUGAAAAAAUGUACUGCAUUAGCUCAGCAACUAGAACGUGCUGUAGCUGCAGGUGCAGGAGUUAAAGAACAGCCUCCUAGCUUGUCUUCUUCGUUAAAAUUAACCAGUUAUCAAAUGGUAGGGCUCAACUGGUUGGUAGUAUUGUAUUCUCAGGGAGUGAAUGGAAUAUUGGCUGAUGAAAUGGGAUUAGGUAAAACAGUACAAAUAAUUUCAUUCCUAGCUCAUUUAAAGGAAAUUGGAGCUGCGACCCAUCCUCAUCUUGUGAUUGUGCCUUCGUCAACGUUAGAUAAUUGGAAAAAUGAGUUUGCAAGAUGGUGCCCUGAACUGAGAGUUUUCAUGUAUUAUGGAUCCACAGAAGAGCGAAGGCAGUUUCGCAUUGACUUAGUGAAAGGAAUGCUUGCAGAUUUUGACGUCAUUUUAACAACCUACACCAUGGUAGGGAGUAGCCCGGAAGAAAGAAAAAUGUUUAGAGUGACUCGAAUUCAUUAUGUAAUUUUUGAUGAAGCACACAUGCUAAAAAACAUGAAUACCCAACGUUACGAAAAUUUAAUCCGGAUAAAUGCUAAACAUAGAAUCCUCUUAACUGGAACGCCAUUGCAAAAUAAUUUGUUAGAACUCAUGUCACUUCUUAUAUUUGUCAUGCCUAAAAUAUUUGCCGAAAAAGCAGAUGACAUCAAGAGCCUUUUUCAGAAGAAUUCGAAAAAGCAGCAAGAUCAAGAUGACAGCAUUCCAGUUUUUGAGAGGGAGCAAAUUGAGCAGGCUAAGCGAAUAAUGAAACCUUUUGUUUUGCGGAGGCUGAAGUGUGAUGUACUUCAGGAUUUGCCUAGGAAGACAGAUCAUAUUAUCCACGUUCCUUUAGCUUCUGCACAAAAAGAACAUUAUGAACAGCUAGUGGCUUCAUAUAAAAACAUAAACGAGGAUGGGCAAAAUUCAUACAGUGGCAUGAGCAUAAUGUCUGAUCUGAGAAAACUCAGUAAUCACCCGUUGCUCAUGCGUUAUCAUUAUGACAUGGAUAAAAUGACAGAAAUAGCCAAACUAUUGGCUAUUGAUCCAGGUUACAAAGACACUGUGGAGCAAUAUAUCAUUGACGAUUUGACGUGGAUGUCAGAUUUUGAAAUUCACACACUGUGUAAAGAUUUUAAGCGUUUAAGUCAUUUCACUCUCCCAGACAGCCUUAUAUUAGACUCAGGAAAAUUUAUACAAUUUGAUAAGAUGUUACCAGAAUUAAAGGAAAAGGGGCACAGAGUGCUAAUUUUUAGCCAGUAUGUGAUUAUGUUGAAUAUUGUUGAAGUAUAUUUAACAAUCAGAGGUUAUAAGUUUAUGAGGUUAGAUGGCAGUACAGCUGUUAGUAUCAGGUAAGCGUUAAUUUUGUUACAAAGCGGUUACUCCAAAACAAUAAGUUUUACGGGAAUUUUUCAUAAAUUUGAAUCAUGUCUGAUAUUCAGCGUGUUGGAGGUAAGUUUGAUUGAACCUAGUAGUAGUAUUGGGGAGGCGAAGCUUGGUAAUGAGGCCACCUUUGACCCUUUUUGCCGACCGAGUAUAUACCAACCCCCAUGCUUAUAAACUCAUACUAGGUAGUUAAAAAUUUGAUAAACCAGCUCCAAUGAUGCAAUGUACCUAUUCGAUCUUGUACAGAUUCAACCUGCCAGCAUGUGUAGUGGUAGGAGAUGUAUGUCAUUUAGAUUGAUUGAACCUAACAGUGACUAUCUUUACUGCGUGUCUAGCCAAACACUUGUAAUACACACCAUGCAAAUAAGCACAGAAUGGCAUAAUUGUACGUAAACAACACGAAUUAUUGGUGCUCUGUGACUCGGGUAGUUAUGAUGUAAACAUGGUCAUUCGGCGACCUCAUUUUGUACAGCCCAAGCCAUGGUUUAUGUGCUUCCUAACUUACUCGACUGUGUAGCCUGUUGACUAUUUUUACGCCGUGAUGCAAUAGAUAAUAAUGUUUGUUCUAUGCGUCCACACGUGCCAAGAAAUGGCAGCCCAUUUACAGCGUGCGCCUUGAGAUGUAUAAUAUGCAAAAAUCUAAAGCUUACUACUACUACUCUUCGAGGUCUUAUAAAGCAAGGUCAGAAAUCAUGUUUUAACCGUUUUUAAACAUUUAAUAUACCCAGUUCAAAUUUAAACAAUUUUUCUUAAAUGGAUCACGUUUUUUUGUCCGGAUUUUGUGGAUCAUUCUGAACAAAAAAGGCCUUUUCUCUAAAGUUGUCUAUUUUCGAGUUAUAAGCGAUUUAAUGUCUGAAACUCCAUAAAAAUGGGUAUAUCCACUGCUUAAGAACUAUCUAAAUUUAUGUUUAAGUCUUGCUUUAUUAUACCCCGAAUAGUAUUUUGAGAUAAGUAUAUUUAAAUGUGAUUUGUAACAUUGUCUAUUAUGCCAAAAUUGACGAACUUUUACAAGUUUACCUCACAACGCAUGGGACAAGUGAGUUGGAUUUGCGACAUGUCAGCAAAGUGCUUUGUAAACACAGUAUACAUAUGACCAUUGAUUCGCACAGGGCCUCCUCGUCAGAACUGGAAACAUGAACACAUGCGACUUCGGGCGCGGGAAAGUGUUCCAAUUAAAGGAGUCUUGUUCUCUAAAUUAGGUCAGAGACACCCCUAUGUCAAAUAUUCUCUAGUCGCACUGUUGCGCAAACAUAACCGUUUAGUAAUAGUAGUAGUAGAAAGACUUAUUUAGCACGUUUGGCUACAUAAAUAGAAUAUAAUAAACAACUUAGAAUAAGUAAAUUCAAGCCAUAUGAUGCACAUGCUGGACAAGCUAUAAUUAUAGAUUUAACAAGUGAUUCCUCAAUUUUACUUUUGCCAUUGUAUUCUAUUUUAUCUCUGUAUUUAUUAUAUUCAAUGAACCUUUGAUGCAUUACAGAUUUGGAGCGUAAAUUAUGCUUUUUGAACAUUGAAAGGAAGUCAUCUUUAUUUCUGUUAUUAUGUAAAUGAUGGUAAUUUAGUUAGACAUGGUGGAGAUAUAUAAUUUUUUACUUUAUAAGAGAUAUUUGGUUACUUUAUAAGCGAUAUUUGGUAAACUUUUUCAUAUUGAGCCAUUUUCAUUUGCUAAACAUCAGUAUAAUUGGAGCAUAUUUAUCUUUAUUCAGUAUUAUUCUCAUACACUUGUAAAAUUUGCAGUCUAUCAGAAAUUGAACUAUUAGCUAGACGUAGAAUAGUCGUACAGUACACGGAAUUUGGAAGAAUGAUAGUAUUAGAAACUCUUGAUGUCCCACUUUACAACUAGUCUUGUUUAUAUUUUUCUCAUAAUGAAUAUCAAAAUUUAAUUGUGUCAACAAAAACCCCAACGUAUUUGAAAUUUUCUGUUUUAAAUAUCUUCACCAUCAUUAUUUAGUUGUGCAUUGUUUUUACCAAGUAAAAUAGCUUUCGUUUUAAUUGUAUUUAAUUUGAGUUUGUUAGAAGCUAACCAUUUUUGAAAAAAGUUUUAAGUCUUCAUUUAUGUAAUACCAGUCUGAAUAUUUUGGGUAUUUAUAUAAAUCUGAGUCAGCGGCGAAAAUUUGAAUUUUGCAUUUUUUAUUAUGGCAGGUAAAUCAUUUAUGUAUAAAAUAAAAAAGGAGUCUCAAGAUACUGCCCUGUGGAACACCUAACGUAUGUUUAUUUUUUUGAUGAAAGUGUUGUUAACAUUAGUAACUUGCAUUCUUUUUGACAAAUAAUUUUCAAACCAGUUUAUUGUACAAUAUGCAGUACAGUAGCACACAGUUCUGAUGUUAAUUUUGAUUGUAUCAGUAAUGUCUUGUCAAACUUCAGGGCCUAUUAGCUAAUUUUUUUAUGUUUGUUUUAUGUCGUUCUUGAAUGCAUAUCAUUAGUUAAGUUACUAUUAAAUUGCCCUGUAAUUGGAUUGGGCAAUUAUGUAUAAAUAAAUAAAUCACUUCCUGAUAUACCAUUUGAAUGAGUGCCAUCACAUCACUGUUGAUUAGGGUUUUUAAAACGGCGUUCAUGAAAAAGUGGUAUCAAUUGUCUAUUCUUUCGUUUGUUGAAUGAGCCCAAUUCUUAUUAAGAUGUAUUAUAGGCAAGACCUGAUCAACGAGUUCACCGAGGAUUCCAGCUACUUCAUCUUCUUGCUGUCAACUCGCGCCGGUGGUCUAGGCAUCAACCUAACAUCUGCUGACACAGUUAUCAUCCAUGACAUCGACUUCAAUCCGUACAAUGACAAGCAGGCGGAAGACAGAUGUCAUCGGAUGGGUCAAAGUCGACCUGUCACCGUGUACAGAUUCGUGUCGCAAGGCACCAUCGAGGAAGGCAUGCUCGAGAUGAACAAAGAGAAGCUUAAGUUGGAAAGGGAGAUUACCACGGACGAAACUGACAAUCCAGACACCAAAAGUGUGGUCAGACUACUGUCAUCAGCAUUGGGAAUUGAUUCCAGUAAAGCAAAUAUCCUCGUUUCGCCAAAGAAAAAACCUUGAAUACACUUGUGGAAUCUUAUGUGUUACUCACUUUUUAUACACUUUAUAUUAUUUAGUUGUCGCCGUGAAAUCCAGUAAUGUACAACAGACUACGCCUAAUUUAUUUUAAAUCCGUGCACUCGAAUCUGUCUUGACAGACAUGGUGUAAAACAAUGGAUAUCUUUAAUAAAAUUAUUUUUCCAAC